AUGGAGCCCACCGUCUUCCUCUGCCAGCAGUGCAAGACCCGGAUCCUCAUCUCGGCCUCCGAUGCGGAGCCUCCGCUGCCAGGCCCCGGCGAAGUGCCCUCUGCGCUGGAGGAAUCGUUCAUGCAGCUGGAGGACACUCUGUAUGGGCCACGGGGCGAGUCCAGCCCACAUCCUCCUGCACGGCGCAUGGAGGAGUCCUUCGUGGUGCUGCCCUCCGGCACCGCGCGCGGCCCCCCAGCUCCGCCCGCGCCCCGCGUGCCCUUCCACGCCACGCUGCGCGCGCUGACCAACGUCCUGGAGGCCGCCAGCGCCGCCACGGGCGUGGACCACCCCGUCUGCACCGACUGCGCCGCGGACGUGCACCGGGAGCUGGACGCCCAGACCGCGGACCUGCAGGCCGACCUGGCGGCGCUGGAGGUGGCGCUGGGCAGGCUGGAGGGCGCGCCCCCUGACACCCCGGACCCCGCCGCCCAGGAUGCAGAGCUGGCCGCCGCUGGCCGGGCCGUCGAGGAGGGCAGUGCCGCGCUGGGCACGCUGCGCCGCGCCAACGUGCUGAACGACGCCUUCCGCAUCUGGUUCUCGGGGCCCUUUGGCACCAUCGGGGGCCUGCGCCUGGGCCGCACCCCGGCCUGCCCCGUGCCCUGGGAGGAGGUGAACGCGGCCUGGGGUGCCGCCGUGGCCCUGCUUUCCAUCCUGGCGCGGCUGGCAGGGGCGCAGCUGAGCGCCGCGCGCCUGCUGCCCAUGGGCUCCUACCCGCGCGUCGCCGACGCGCGCGGCACGCACGAGCUCUAUGGCCCCGUGUCCAAGCUGCUCUGCCCCAGCUACGACAAGGCCCAGGUCGGCUUCCUCGCCUGCCUCAAGGAGUAUGCGGAGUGGCUGGCGGCCCGGGGGGCCAGCCCAGGGUUCAGCCUGCCCUGGGCAAUCGAGGGGGACCGGGUGGGGUCGCAGUCCAUCCGCUACAUGCUGGCCAAGGACAAGAACUGGACCAAGGCGCUGAAGUACAUGCUGGUGGACCUGAAGUUCUGCCUCAAGGCCACGGACCCGGACUGGAGCCGGGCCAGGGGAUGA